AUGCUACCCACGCCCUUCUCGGUGAGGGACAUCCUCAGCCUGCAGCGGCCGGAGGCUCCCGCGGGACCCCGCGCAGCCCCCGCCGGGCAGGAGGAGCCGCGGCAGCGAAAAUCUCCGGUCCCCCGGCCCUUUGAGGCCGAGGAGAAGCGACGGAAGCCCCGCGUUCUGUUCUCUCAGGCGCAGGUGCUGGAACUGGAGCGGCACUUCCAGCGGCAGAAAUACCUGUCCGGGCCCGAGCGGGAGCAGCUGGCGCUGCAGCUGCAGCUCAGCCCCACGCAGGUGAAGAUCUGGUUCCAGAACCGGCGCUACAAGAGCAAGAGGCAGCGGCAGGAGCGCUGUCCGGGCCCGGCGCUGCCCGCACUGUCCCCGCGCAGGAUGGCGGUGCCGGUGCUGGUGAGGGAUGGGGCACCCUGCCCGAGGGGCUCCCGGCCCUUCCCAGCGCCCUGCGCCAUUCCAGGCCUUUUUUCCUACGGCUCCUGCUAUGGCAGCACCGCUUUCGGAGCGGGGUGCGGGGGGGCGUACCCAGGGGUGCCCCCCAGUGCCGCCCCUGGCCCUGCCCAGCGCCAGGCCCCGGGAAUCAGCGCCGGGAGCCGGAGGUGA